AAGUCUUUUUAGGUAAUCUGACGUAAAAUAAUAAAAAGAACAAGUUUCAUGUGGAAAAAGUACAGAAACUCGCCCUGGGAAAUGCAUAAGGGAUCGAGCGAAGGGACUGAGCUGCAUCAGGCUUGGAUCCGGUUCUUCUUGAAUCCGGCUGAUGUCCACUUGUUUCACCGGUUAUUAAAGAAUUCAAAUGUCGCAGUCACCUUUCGUUAUCGUUCGCUCUCACGACUGCAGAACGACUAACACAUACAUUGGAUAUAAACGUAGAUACGACUUUUCGAUUGAACGUUCGAAACAUUGUCUUGUUUCAGCUCCAGUUUACGGGUAAAUUACUCUUAGAACAUUAAUGAUUAAGCUCAUAGACUUCCUACGCCGAAAAUUUAGUUAACAGCUUGGUUGGUUAAUGGGGUUUCAAGCCUAUCGACUACAAGAUCAUUUAGGCUGCAUGUCACCUGUUCACCACCAGUCAGGAGAAUAUAUAUUGAGAGAUACACACCUCUAGGUGUAUAUACUCUCUGUGGUAUUUAAUUAACAGAAAUGUUGCUCUCAAGUUCAGUGAUGGUGAAAGUUGAAAUUCUGACCACCCUCUGAGGUUUUUGACCUCCCAGAGGUUUUGACCUUGAGGUUCUGACCUCCCUGAGAAUUUGACCCCCCUGAGGGUUUGACCUCCUAAGGGCCUCGGUUGCUGCCACCAACCGCCUCAUACAAACAAUUUUCUUUGAGUAGAAGUUGCCUAGGUGAGUCAACAACCGGCGCUAUGAUGGGCAUGUACGGUCAGAAAUUCCGCAUGCGGGGCCGCCACAGCGGCGGUGGCAGGGACUCACCGCCCACUAUCGGCCACGACCGGGUCAACUACGUCAACCCAACCGUCAACUACGACAAGUUCCCGCGAAAGAUCCGCCCCAAGAAGGGUCGGUCGAGCGCAAACAGCGAGGUGUCGACCUAUUCGCCAGAGAGGUCGCGCCGCUGCUCGUGUUCUGAGAACCUCAACUUGACCUCGGAGCAGCUGCUGGCCCUCAGAAGGCACUCACAGGAUCACAGCAGAGACGAGGUUGACGGAUGGCUGCAGCAGCAGCAGCAGACUGACGAGAUUCUUCACGCCUCCGCAGACGUCCUUACCAGGAUGUUUACAUGUCUCAAUACCAACGCUGAACCCCCACCCAGGCCGCCCAUCCCUCAGGACCCCAGGUACACCAGGCCCACUGAGACCAUCUUCUCCAGACAUGGCGGGCGUUACUCGUACUCGGCCCUGGAGGACGAGGGCGCCGGAGAGCGGCUGGAGAUGGAGAGGAAGGCGGCCAGAGGAGCAAGUAGAGACACCACCGCCCUUGCUGCCCGGAGUUAUCUCAGAGGUCACCAGCGUUACUCCCUCCUCGAACACCUGCGUGAUAUUGGUUCGCGGAUCGACAAGAACUGGUUCAUGAUCCGGGACGCCUCGGUGAAGACAGACCGUCUCAUGACGCUUCAGCCUUUCGACGAGCAGUGCCCCUUUCCCGUCACCCAGGGCACCCGUGAGGCCCUCGUCGAGCUCUUCCAGGCGCUGCACCAUCCCUACAUCUACCCGGUGUUGGACGUGGACUUCGCCAACAUCUCGUCUUGCACCUACGUUAUUACUGUGAUUCCCCACAACAACAAGGGUACUCUCAAGGACCUCAUAUACAGAAGUCACUGGCAAGACGACUGGAGUGAGAAAUACCAGCAGAGGUCAGCAGGUCUGCCAGUGGGGCAGGUUCAGCGGCUUGGACGGCAGGUGUUGGAGGCACUGCUCUUCCUCCAGGACCGAGGCUUCCCUCCCUGUGGACACCUUCACUCCGGCAAUGUGGUCCUCCAGAACGGCGUCGCCAGACUCUCAGGCGUGGAGAACACACUCCUGGGACUCACCUCCAGGAUUUACCCCAUUAUCAAGAGACGUCUCAGGGACAAUAGGGACGCUAUCGACUCCGUCUGCUUCGGUCACGUGAUAUUCGAGAUGUGUGCAGGGUACGAGCUGUCCUCUGCCCACCCGACGCCCAAACACCUGGAAGACCUCUCAACCUACCCUCAGGUGGUACAGGUGCUGGAAUACAUAUUUGGUAAUGGGGACCAGUACCCGAGUGUGGAGGAGAUCCUUUGUCUGGACUUCUUCAGAAAUCUAGACUUAAGGGAAAUGAGAGCUGCUCCUCUUCCACUCACAGUGGCUCUCAUGUUCCAGAUUCGAUACUCUCCGAUGAUACGAAGUAUUCUUAAAGAAGUCAGAAGAUUUCAAAAGCAAAGAAGACGUGGGAGACGGGGAGGAGGCACAGCAUCAGGCGGUGAGGGAGGCGGGGACACCCCCACCAGCAGCGAGGCCUCAGCCAGUGGUGGUGGAGGUGGGGACGACAGCAUGCCUCCCACCUCGGCUUACAACACUCCUACAGCUUCACUAGCUGCUCUUUCAUCGCCUACCUCCGAUGUGACUCCUUCCCCAGAGCACCCUGCACACCGCCUCCUGGAGGUGUCCUCGCCCCAGCGUCAGCACCCCAGCACAUGCCAGGAUGUGUUCCACACACCGCCACACACGCCGCCCACACCUCAAAAUCACCCAAUUAGAGCCAACCACAUCAGCCAGGCCCACAACGACCGCCCACUUACAACGACGCAUUAUCCGCCCAGAGACUCACGCAGCGCGCAUUGGUCAAACUCGCCCCAUGUGACCCAGAAUGGUCAUGUUGGGAAGCGAGGAGAGCCAUGGACGUGACAAAACAGCAGUUACUGCGUGCCAGUUACCCUUCACUCACUGGUUGUACUCCUUCCAUGGCUCCCUUUCCAAUAGUCACAUCUCAGCACUUUUUUACUUAGCUUUUUUUUCAACUGUGGGUUUAGUGAAAAAAAAUGAGAGUAUUUUAUUAAUUUUCCAGGGCAUCCGCUAGAAGCUGGACACCCCAGGCCGUUUCCUCGCUCACUGAUGGUUAAAGAGUGUUUGCUAACACCACUUAGGUGAUACUGACUCUUCUCGGAGAUUGGGUGAACCCAACAGCAGAAAAGCUACUAAUUUUUUUAUUAUGUUUGUGAUUCAGUUGAAAAACUAGGAAUAUGUCAAGCAGGACUUCACUCUUAUGGUGAUUGUACAAUGCAAACAUUUGGACCUAUUGUGGAAAUUCCUAGAAUAGAGAGAACUAUUUGGUGAGCCAAGAGCAGGACCGCUGGAGAGGUGAGGCAGCCAGCUACCUGGAGUAUACCUGGAGGGUGUUCCGGGGGUCAGCGCCCCUACAGCUCAGUCCUUGAUAAGGUCUCACCUCUCUGCCCACCUUCACAAGAUCUUCGUGCAAUUGUUGCAUCACUGCUUCCACGAUAUUCAACAUCACAGCACACUACCAUGUGGAGUGCUGUGCAGAUACUGCUGCUGCUGUUGUAUGACAGCACCCUGAGUGCUGUUCCAGUGCUGCCAACUGUUUUGGUCCUUCAAGGUGCCAGAACAUUUCUGUCCAAAACUUAUUACUGUUUACUAAGUUUCUUGUCAUCUUUGUACCUCAUACAUUCUACUCAAAUAAUUGCAAUAAUAACUAAUACUUAUGUUUAUAUACUAAACUGUAUUUAAAACAGCACUGUGUGAUGAGCCAGAAAUUUAUAUGCUGCAGUCUAGUGUAUUUUCCCUGUAUUGUAGAGAGCUAAAUAUUAUAAAAAAUUAUUAAAAUAUUCACCACAAGACUUAGCACAAGCUCUAGUGUCUUGCUUGUUUCUAUAAGUCAGCUGACCUAUAUUGGUAAAAAUUAAUAGUCUAAAAUAAUCUAAAAUAGAGGGGAUUUAAUUUGAGGUUUUCACUUUUUAGUCUCAGGUGACUAAUGAUAAACUUUUUAGUCUCAGGUGACUAAUGAUAAACUUUUUAGUCUCAGGUGACUAAUGAUAAACUUUUUAGUCUCAGGUGACUAAUGAUAAACUUUUUAGUCUCAGGUGACUAAUGAUAAACUUUUUAGUCUCAGGUGACUAAUGAUAAACUUUUUAGCCUCAGGUGACUAAUGAUAAACUUUCAGAGGUUUAGAUAAUAUUUUCCUGUAUCAUCAGAGUGAAAAGCAAAUUCACAGGAGCACAGAGAGGAAAUUCGUCACCAGGAGCUGAAAAAGAAUUCUUUAAUCUAAAACAGGAUUUAUUUCUUGCCCAACGUGAUAAAAUUUCCACAAAAUUACGCUGCAUUUCUCGAAUGAGACGAAGUAAUUGAAGAGAUACUGCUUAGUUAAUAAAAGAUGGAGGGACAUUCAUGAAUACCACAUUAAGUAAAAAAGUCUUAUACAUGUUUCAUAUAAGCUUAUAUAUUAUUGUACCCACGAAACGAGUGUUAUAAAUCAAUAACAACACUGCA